AUGUCUCGUCGCUCUUAUCUUACUGUACUGAUCCCAGCGCAUCGGAAAGCGCUCACUCGUCUGCUUCUAUCCUCCCAUGUGCUCGGUGUAGAAGUCCUUCGGUGGUCAGAGCGUUAUCGCCCAUACAUUCCCCGUGAUUGGCGCUUAUGGCGCUUCUGUCGAGUUACAGUAGAGGAUGAGCCACACGCGUUACUCGUCUGUGCUGCUGCGCCCGGUCUCACCUCCCUAUGA